AUGAGACCCAUUCUUCUUCAAGGCCAUGAACGGUCUAUCAAUCAAAUAAAAUUCAACCGUGAUGGCGAUCUCCUUUUCUCAGUCGCGAAAGACAAGAUUCUCUGCUCCUGGUUCUCCGCAAAUGGUGAACGACUAGGCACCUACCACGGACACCAGGGUGCCCUGUGGACUGUCGAUGUUACCCCAAACAGCCUUCUUGUCGCUACUGGCGCUGCAGACAAUACCAUCAGACUUUGGAAUACGAAGACCGGCGAGUGCGUCAAGGUGUGGGAUUUCCCCACGGCCGUCAAGCGGGUGGAGUUCAGCCAUGAUGGCAAGCGGUUAUUGGGUGUAACUGAGAAGCGGAUGGGAUACCUGGCUACAAUUGUGGUAUUUGAUAUACGGUACGGUGAUGGGGAGGGAAAUGGUUUAGAAGAUCAACCCGAAGAACCUUCUUUGAAAAUCACAUGCGAAGAGAGCAAGGCGACGGUUGCUGGGUGGAGUUUCCUCUCGAAAUAUAUCAUUGCUGGACAUGAGGAUGGCAGUGUCAGCCAAUACGAUGCGAAGACCGGAGAGCAGCUUGAGAACGUCCAAGCUCAUGAAUUCGAUUACCAAAUCAACGACAUCCAAUUCUCCCCUGACCGAACAUACUUCAUCACCGCAUGCAAAGACAAGAGUGCCAAGAUAAUUUCCUCCCGAAACCUCGCCAUUCUUAAAACUUACGUAGCAGACACCCCCCUCAAUACCGCAGCCAUCACGACCAAGAAAGACUUUGUAAUUCUGGGCGGUGGUCAAGCAGCCAUGGACGUCACCACCACCGACGCCCGACAAGGAAAGUUCGAAGCCCGCUUCUACCACAAGAUCUUUGAGGACGAGAUUGGCCGUGUCAAGGGCCACUUCGGUCCUCUGAACACGAUCGCCGCGCACCCACUGGGCACUGGCUAUGCCUCUGGAGGAGAGGAUGGAUACGUGCGUGUUCACCAUUUUGAUAAACCGUAUUUUGAUUUCAAGUACGAGGUCGAACGGGAGCAGAUGCGGAGAUGA